UUGCUGUGAUGUGAUUUGAUUCAAAUCAUAAAUUUGAAUCACUUCAGUUCAGUUCAGUCCGAAUUAGGAUUAUAGCAGGCCGAGUGGUGACUUAUCUUGCUAGUGUUCAAAACAUAUUUAUCCGCCGUAAUUUAAUCGGUGUAUAUUUCGUCAACUGUAAAAGUUAUCCUAUAACAAUGAAAACAUUAGCCGUAUUCUGUGCUGUGCUAGCAUUAACAUCCGCUUACGACCAAUCGAACAUCGUAGGGGCCAGGAUAGAGACGUGUCGUGGUUGCUCAUUAAACCGGCUUCCUCAAGUGAAGCAAUUCGUGAUGGAAGACGCGCCUUUAUAUGAAAAAGUAGAAGUAAAGUUCAUCACCGGAGCCGCGCCGGAGGUUGUGCUACUCGGCGAGAACGACCACGAGCUAGAGAGGCUGCCAUUAUCACACCUUGACCGCAAGGAAUGCAACCAACUUCUGGAGGAGAGAGGCUUUGUAAAAACACAGAAGAAAUCCGAGUUCUAAUUUGUAGUUUUGGGUGUGCAAAAAGAUGAUUGAAGAUCACAUCACAAAAGGGAUUUCUUAAUAAGGAAAAGGUAUGUGUGC